AUGGGCCCCCCUUUACAGGGAUGGCAUAAACUUAAUUUUGAUGGUUCUGCCAGUCCUGCUUUAGGUAUUGUUGCUACUAGGGGAGUAAUUCGCUUGAGAACUAGGGACCUGAUUGUUGCCUUUACCUGGAACUUGAAUGGUUGCAGUUCCAACCAGGCCAAGGGAAUGACUCUUCGGUGGGGUCUUAAGCUUGCCCUGACUAUUGGUUUGAGCCGAGUUAUUAUUGAAGGCGACUCCAAGCUCAUCAUCAAUGUUGUUACAGGAAGAAGCAUGAUCAACUGGUCCAUUGAUGGGGUCAUAAAAUACAUCCAAUUGUUACUUUUGGGUUUGGAUGCCUAUCACAUUGAUCAUGUCUACAAGGAAGACAAUUCUGUUUGUGGAUGUUAUGGCUGCUAUGGGUGCCCAAUUGGUGGGUUGGAGGUGUUGGAGGGAGGUCAACUCUUUACUGGAUCAAGUUAA